AUGGCGUGUUUUCAACGUGAUGUGGUCGUAAGCGACACCCAGAAAGCUCUGCGCGAUGAUACCCUUGGGCGAGGCUAUUCAUCCCAAAAAGAGAUGGAGCCCGUCAACGUCCGGUUAGCAGGCCGGCCUCCGUCUCGAUGACAUGUAAAAAAAACGAACUAAAAAAUGGAAAUAAAGCUAAUUAUCUCAAAUUUUCUUCAAUAAUCGAAAAGAUGAUAACAGCAUGAAAAAUGGAUCGAAGAAAAGUUUUGAGAAAAAUUGAAAAUGACUUCAUCAGUAUCACCUCAAAUGGAAUCCUCAUAAAACUUUCUUAGAAAGUUACACUUGAAAGAGUUCAUCUAAUCGAUGCGGCUGAACUAGAAGAAAAAUUGAACUGGCCGGUAAAAUUAUAAGAAGUUCUUGUAACUAGUUGAAUCAUAAUAGUUGAGAACGUAGUUAUAUCCAAAAAACCAAAUAGGCAUAUCCUUAUGGUCAGCACUGUAUACUCAAAAACCAUUUUCGCUUGACCUGCAAAUUUUUUUUUAAGAUUCGUCGUUUCCACUUUCAACGGAAAACCAUUCCCUAUUGCAUCGGAGCGACUUAACAAACAUGUUUGUCCUUAUUUUGUCUCACCGUUUAAUUUUUUGUGAAUAAAAAAUUUGCUGUUUAUUACGAGUUACAAAUGAAAAAUGUAUGUUCAAUUUCUUAUUUCGUUUCAUCGUCGUGAAUUUUCACAGAGCUGCAGGUUUUUUCGUUUUCAGUUGCAAGCACAUUCUGCUUUCGUCUGAAGCUUCCACCUUGUACGACUUCUCCGCUUCCUUGCUAUACGUCGAGCCUGAAUUUAAAAUGUUUUAAGAAUUUCUCAUCCCUUUAUCUGACUUUAUAAAUAAUUUUGACUUCAAUGCAUUCGGAAAUAGAUGAACUAUCUUUCAACUUUUAAGAGUAUGCAAAAUGCCCGCCUGCCUGUACUUUUUGCAAAAUGCGAGCCCCUUGCUCGCAGUCUGCACUCGCAAAAUGUCUCUCACUUUCAUCGCCCCACCCCCUUUUUGGCAUGCAUUUUGCAGAAUUUCAUGAGAGUACCCUUGGGCGAGGCUAUGUUUAACAAUGGGAGAAUAAAAAUAAAACGUACAAAAAAAGAUAAAUCGAGUGUUUCUUCGGUUUUCAACUCAUUUUCAACUCGUCCACUCAAACUGACCGUCGAUGAAGUUCAUCGCAGUGGUGCAGACGUUCCUAUACGUUUGCCUGCUUAUUUUCACGAUAUUGGCCCUUCAUCACAUCUUUUUCGUUCGAUUUGUCCAGCAACUGGGAGCCGAAGAUUCUUUCAUUGAAACGUAAGCGCUAAGGGUGGAAGGGUCGGGAGAUCGAGUCCGGUGCCCAUUUUUACUUGAAAAAAAUUUUAAUUUAUUUGCCAAAAUUAUUCAAAGAAAAAUUAAACAUUAUUUGCCAAAAUUAUACAAAAAUUAUGUUUUUCGAACUUUUUUCUGCUAAAUUUAAGCCAACAAGGACAAUUCUUGAACUCUCCCGAUAAUUGGAACAAAAAAGAUGCUCUGCGUUUUCUCCAAAUAAACGUUUUAACACAUGCCGACUUAUCCUAUUUUAUUUUCUAUCUAAUUUGUCGAAAAAAGUCCUUCAAAAGUUUUUUUUCAGGCCGAAACCUCGAGAAAAACGCUCAAAACCGUUGCGGAGUCCACAAUACUCCCGAAAAUGA